UUUUCCUGUCUCACCUGCGUCGCCCUGGUGCACUCGUCGUGCGUCACGCUCUACCGCUUGCAUCCUUCUCUGCCGCAUCAGGCCCCCCUCGAUUCUCCACAAACGAACUUCGAAGUCUGCCUCGCCUCUCCCAAUGCACCCCGAUCACCCUCCCAAUACUCGAUCCUUACAGCCUUUGCGUCCUUGGGCGCAGCCUGUUUUACCCGCCUCCAAGCCUCCAACUCCUACUUGAGACAUUUGACUCUCCCGGCCGCACAACCUGCAGGCUCAGCUCAUCCGGGCGAUCAUCUCUCCCUUCGCCAAUGGUCCUGAGGCGAUCGGCAACCGUAUGUCCCUUUGGACUGCCUCGUGAGGAUGAAUUGUACGAUGCGAUUCUCUGGCGUUGGUUCUAGACUUGUGAAAGAGUUGGGAGAGCAUUAUGAAAACAACCUCGGUUGUCGUGGUUUUACACUCGACUUGCCGCGCUGUCGCUACUGGGAUUCUACGUCACGACACUGGUGGAGAACGAUAGGGAAACCCGCGAGGGGCACCUACUUUUUUGGUGCAGAGGCCUUGCAAGGUGAGUACCGCACUUCCUGCGUCCAGUCACAAUAAUGCCGCACAAAUUGAUCGCCCGUGUGCCUGCAUUGUUGCCUGCUCUCCAUCUCAAAUUUGCGGCGUCGAGCCGGGCCGAGUUCUCGAUAUUGGCUCUUCGCGCUCGUGGGAAAAUGGCUGUCAUUCCGCGAGAGGGGCACUUCGACAUAUUACAAGUGGAUUCUCGCUUCUUGUCUCAUUUGAGCUGGAUACCGUACGGUAAUUCCCAGAAUCCGCGACCGAUGACGACAGGACGUAGGGAUUCAGGCACGGAGGACGGAAAGAACACUCCAGAUUACUUAGCGAAGUACAACACGGACAACCGUGCAAGUCACAAGCAAGGAGGCAAUGAAUCACACUAAGGAUGACGUUGUAGAGAAAGAGAGCCGGGAGGGAGGACAUGACAUCGGCCUGGGCUUCUUACUGGAGACACCGAUGUAAUGUUCGGUCGUGAUCCUUGUUCGUCUUAGAAACGUAUUUUUCUGCAUCACGGACCUUGUCUGUCUCGUUGUGUGCUCCUCUCUUGAUAGCCGUUGGCUUCAGCACGAGCCCAUAGCUCGUCUGUCGUGGUGUUCUGCUUCCCCAUGGUGGUCGGCGUAGAAAGCUCGAGGAGCUUGGACUUCGCUCGUCGGGAAGCAAUAGUGACAGAGCGAGGGAGCCCCCGAGAAGGGGGGGGAGGGGGGCGGCCCUGUAGGUUGCAGAAUCCGAAAGGGAAGAUUGUAGCCUGUAAUCUCAGAGGCGAGAGGGACGCCAUUCUGUACCCGGGGUCCGGAAGUCGACGAGAGAGGAGGGGAGCGGCAGACUUCAGGUCUGAAAGUCAAGACCCCUUCGCAGGGAUCCAAAAAUGGAAUCCCCCGGGUUGUCGCCGAUUAUGGAACCCAUCUUGGGACGGGGCGUACCAAGGGGACUGUAGGAGAAAUCAGACCGUCGCUGCGAGGGUGCGUGAGAGCGUGAGUGGGAGGUUGAGAAGAAAAGUGAGAAGAGGGUGAGUCUCGAGCAGGUCGUUUUAAAAGCGGCACCGUCUGCGUGAGCGCCCCGCGAGCUCAGAGCGAAUGUCCCGGCUGUUGGCACGCCUCCCCGUCCGGUUCGAGG